UCAAACAUGAGCAUCCCCGACGCACCAGAACCCAAGCGGAUCAAUGUCCUGGCCUCUAACUUCUCGGGGAUGGCUCUGCGAGGGUCCAGGACAGGAUUUUACCGGCAGGAUAUCAACAGAACCGUGUGGGAAGUGCCGGAAAGGUACAGAGAACUGAGGCAGGUUGGAACUGGAGCUUAUGGAAGUGUCUGUUCAGCGUGGGAUCGUCGGACGAACUCGCAAGUUGCCAUUAAAAAGCUCCACCGACCGUUUCAGUCCAAACUUUUCGCCAAGCGGGCCUACCGGGAGCUCCGCCUUCUCAAACACAUGAAGCAUGAAAACGUGAUCGGCUUACUUGAUGUUUUCACAGCGGAAAUUUCCGUGGACCGUCUUCGAGACUUCUAUUUGGUUAUGCCCUUCAUGGGUACCGACCUUGGCAAACUAAUGAAACUGGAGAGACUGACAGAAGACAGAGUUCAGUUUCUUGUCUACCAGAUGAUGAAAGGACUCAAAUACAUCCACUCCGCAGGGAUCAUCCACAGGGACCUAAAACCAGGAAAUCUAGCCAUCAAUCCAGACUGUGAAUUAAAGAUUCUCGAUUUUGGCCUAGCAAGGCAGGCCGACGCGGAAAUGACUGGCUACGUGGUGACCCGUUGGUACCGGGCACCUGAGGUUAUUCUGAACUGGAUGCGCUACACGCAAGCAGUGGAUAUCUGGUCCGCCGGUUGUAUAAUGGCAGAGAUGCUGCUGGGGAAGCCGCUCUUCAAGGGCAACGAUCACCUGGACCAGCUCCGGGAAAUCAUGAAAAUCACAGGAACGCCAGCUGCAGACUUUGUAAUGAAGCUCCAAAGCCAAGAUGCUAAAAACUACCUCAAGGGUUUGUCCAAAGUCCCUAAAAAGGAUCUGCACUCCAUCUUCUCCAAAACAAGCUCACACGCGGUGUCAGUGUUAGAAAAAAUGCUCCUCCUCGACCCCGAGGAGCGGGUCAGCGCCUCGGAAUCCCUCGACUCGCCCUUCUUCGCCGACUUCCGCGACACGGAAGAAGAAACCGAGGCGCAACCGUACGACCAAACCAUAGACAACACAGACUUGACGCUCGAUCAGUGGAAACGACACACAGUCACCGAGAUUCUGACCUUCAGACCUUCCAAGGAAACAUCACUUUAA